AUGGAGUUGUAUAAAAUGGAACCAAAGCUCAUUGAGGAGAAUCGUGGCAGUUUUUUCCGGGUCCUCUUUCGCAAUGACCAAAUUCCUGUGGAAGGCUUCCUUUGGAACAUAGAUCCAGUUUCUGGAACUCUAUUUCUUUUGAAAGAUGCUUCUUCGACGAUCUCGUCACAUUCAGAAGAAGCUGAACAUCGUGUAUAUAGUAUUAUGUCGGAUGCUGUCCGCAGCUUUGACAAAGAUGAUUCUGUACAACCUCUACCAUCUCAGGACUUACUUGAAUGGGAUCAACUAUUAACCUAA